AUGCUUUCCCCAUUUCCUUUGAAAGAUUUCCCCUCAAUUUCAAGAAAGCUAAAGCAGACCACAUUUAUCGCUUGUAAAUCCAUUUCAAUCCAUCACAGGGAGAAAGAAUUAGCCGCUGUUAAGAUUAAUGUGGCUGAUGUUGAUAUAAUCGCAAAUGAACUAGAGUUGGACAAGAAGGUGGCUGAAAGAACAUUACGUGAGCACAAAGGCGAUGCUGUUGCUGCCAUUCAACACUUGCUCCGGUAG